AUGUAUUUAAAGCCAGAGCUAAUCAAAUCACGCGGUUUCGGUAGUACUGCCCAUACGGUUGUUACCGAUGACGGCUAUAUACUGACCGUCUAUCGUAUGAUUAAUCCUCGAUGGUUGACUACCGGUGCUGCUAAUGGUAUAGUACGACCACCCAGAGGACCGGUACUAUUAUGGCACGGUAUGGUAUCAUCGUCGGAUACGUUUUUAUUUUCACAUAGGGGACAGUUGUCUACAAGUACUGGUCAGUAUAGUGAACGUAACGGUACGCUAGUUAACGAUUGUCAGUUAACGGUGACAUCCAAUCUGGCGUUUACAUUGUCCGCAUGCGGUUACGAUGUCUGGUUAGGCAAUACCCGCGGCAAUCAAUACUCGGAUAAACAUAUCGAUAAUAAUUAUAAAAAUUACUGGAAUUAUACGUUUACUGAAUUAGCAAUUUAUGAUCUGAAUAAUACUAUCGACUAUAUUAGAAAGUUUACGGGAAAAUCAUCUAUAGCCUAUGUUGGCUAUUCAAUGGGCUCAACAAUAAUGUUGAUACUAUUAUCGGUUGAACCCGAUUAUCAGCGAUACCUGAAACCGGUUAUAUUGUUGGGACCGACAGCCUAUAUGAGUCAUACAAAAAGUUUAGGCCGACUGUUUGCACCGUUUAGCUAUAUAAACGGGCUAACUAUUGAAGCAGUGGGCGAACCCAGGGCUAAGAUGCAGUUUUAUGGCCAACAUGUUUGUACUAAUAAACUAUUAAACAAUAUAUGCAAUACAAUGAACUAUGUCUACAAUGGUUACGAUCCGAAUGCAACCGAACCGGACAAUGAACCAAUAGCUGUUAGCAAAUCAUUACAAUAUACAUCUAGUCUAUUGAUGCAACAAUAUGGCCAGUUUAUGCUAUCGGGUCGAUUUCAUCGGCUAGAUUUGGGACCAACCGGUAACCAGGAAAUGUAUGGCCAACCAAUGGCACCCGACUACCCCGUUGAACUGAUACGGUCCGCCUAUUUGGUCAUAAUUAGUGGACCCAAUGAUUUUUUUUCAACACCCCUAGAUGUUAGAAAACUUGUCGACAAAUUAACGGUAAAACCAUUGGAUGAUUAUAUAGUGCCCAAUAAAUAUUAUAACCAUGCUGAUUUUAUUGGAUCGAUUAAUAAUUAUAAAUUAGUUAAUCCACGUAUAUUGAUGUGGCUUAAAAUGCUAGACGUUUAG